AUGAACUUCCCGCUUACCAUCGCCCUGCUCGUCCAGACCAUCUCGGUCCUCGCCUCUCCCCUUCCUGUCGAUGUCGACACGAACCUUGUUGACGGCGUUGACAUUCUUGCCUGCUCCAACUGCUGGGGCCCUCCUCCUCCCUAUCAUGCCGCCAAGGAAAACAUUUUUGGCAAGCUUUAA